GAUAGUGUUCACUGUGCCUGUCUUCCGACCAGCAGUCUUUUAACCAUCAGGGCUACCAGCGCAGGUUCAUGUGUGUGUGUGCUUUGUCAAUGAAUCUCGACUCUUUGUCUCGUCAAAGGGCGUGUUUCCCUCGGCUGUCGGUCUGUUUGUAGGCCUACUAUACUACAGGAUUGCUCCAGUUGAGCUAGCUCCAGUGUAUCCUCCUGACCUGUGAGUGCUGACCCCCUGUUCACCGGAGUGCUUACUGCAGCCAGAGCCAGCGGGAUGGAGGAGGAGGCCAGGUGCUUCCUGGGGAGGUUUGUGGAGGAGUUCCCUGCUGCUCUGGAGGAAGGCAGUCCACUGCCUGUCAGCCCUCUGAGUCGAAAAGUGUCUCUGGACGAGCUGCAUGGAGAGAGCCUGGAGCUCGGCCUGAAGCUACUGGCUGCCAGGGGUGCUCCUGCAGGCCUCAGUGCCCUGCUGUGCCAGGCAGCGCUGUCCCAACUUCUGCAGAACGACCUCUCACCUUUUCACUGCUCCCAGGAAGCUGACAGCCAGGAAGAGGAACAGCAAGUAGUCUUGCUUCAGUCAGAGGCAGUCCAACGUCUCUUCAUCAACAAGCUGAUAGAUGUGGCGCUGGCAUGGCAUCAAAACUUCCCUAAGCCCCCUCCUUCUCCCUCCCAGUUCCUCCGCUGCUCCGUCCAUGCCAUCAAGAACACCAGGAGAAAGAUGGAGGACAAACACGUCACCCUGGCUGAGUUCAACCAGCUCUUUGGAAUCCAGGACGGAGUGGAGCGUGCCUACUACGCUGUGUUUGACGGUCAUGGAGGGGUGGAUGCUGCCAUCUACGCUGCCACUCACCUCCAUGUUGCUCUGAGUAAACAGGAGACACUGCAGAGAGACGCAGCCACAGCCCUUAAAAGUGCCUUCAAAUACACUGAUGACAUUUUCAGAGGCAAAGCCAAGAGAGAGCGUCUGCGAAGUGGCACUACAGGCGUGGCAGUGCUAAUCCAGGGACAGGAGCUGACUGUGGCCUGGCUGGGAGACUCUCAAGCAGUACUGGUCAGAAAGGGACAGGCUGUUACACUCAUGGACCCCCAUAAACCAGACAGAGAGGAUGAGAAACAGAGAAUUGAGGAUCUUGGUGGCUGUAUCACCUUCAUGGGUUGCUGGCGUGUUAAUGGCACAUACGCUGUAUCCAGAGCUAUAGGUGACUUUGACCAGAAGCCCUACGUGUCUGGAGAUGCCGACUGCUCAACAACCCAGCUGUCCGGGGACGAGGACUACGUGCUGCUAGCAUGUGACGGCUUCUUUGAUGCCGUAAAACCUUCAGAGGUCCCACACAUGGUCCUGGAUGCACUCCAGCAGUCUGGUGACCCUGAGGGUGGGGAAGAUGCUCCGCUGGAACAGUCUGAGGACACUGUUGGACUGAGAGUUGCUCAACAGUUGGUAGGUCAAGCUAAAGCAGCCGGUUCUACUGAUAACAUCACAGUGAUGCUGGUGUUCCUGCGUCCACCCCAGCAGCUGCUUGCUCAAAACUCUACCACAGUACCUGCAAAAGCUACUCAGGACUCUACCUCCCAAGAUGCACCACAGCAGUGAAGAAGGAGGUCUGCAGCCCAGACACCCCUGUGCCAAGCUACUGCCCAACUCAGCAUUUCUCAGCCUAUAAAUGUCUCCAGCAGCUGUCAGACAGACUGACAACACUCAUUUGAUGCUAACAGCAGGCUGCAGUCACAUCGUGUCACUGCUUUGGAGGAAAAGUGUUAAUUCAACUGUAUUUAAACAAAAAGAUUUGAAAAGGUUUGUAAGAACAUGCAGGGCCAGAUAUCUGCGUUCCCAAAGCAAGA